AUGCGAUCGUUGUUCCAGCCCCAAUCAACGCCUCUGGGCGCAAUUGCAGCGACCCUGUAUGCCUCAGUCGCUCUGAACGUGCCGGGGGUGUCUGCGAAGGGUUCUGACAUUCUGGACUAUGUUGAUCCCUUUAUUGGGACGGCCAAUGGAGGCCAUGUUUUUGCCGGAGCGAAUCUGCCUUUUGGCAUGGCCAAGGCUGUGGCUGAUACCAUUGGUGAGAAUCAAGCCGGAUUUGCCUGGGACGACCAACUCGUCUAUGGAUUCUCACACACACAUGACUCGGGCACGGGAGGUUCGCCAUCGCUGGGCAACUUCCCAAUUUUCCCUCAGGCGAGCUGCCCCAAUGACGACAUCAACCAAUGCAAGUGGCAGAUGAACGACAGAGCGACGGCUUGGUCGAACUCAUCAGACGGGGCCCAGGCACAUCCAGGAUAUUUCAGCAUUCUUUUGGAGAAUGGGAUUAAAGCCGAGAUGACCACGACCAACCGAUCGGCUCUAUAUCGAUUCACUUUCGAUGGCACGUCGUCUGAAUCGCUCAGCCCCGUGAUUCUGGUAGACCUGAUGGAUUUGCCGCAGUCACGCCAGAACGGAACUGCCCUGGUCGACCCAUCGACGGGACGGCUCACGGGCAAUGGCACAUUUAGCCCAAGCUUUGGUAUCGGCUCUUACGACAUGCACUUCUGCGCGGACUUCAAAGGAGCUGAUGUUCGCAAUUCGGGUGUCUGGGUGCAGAACCGAGCAAAUGUCUCCCAAAAGUCAGUGUCGCUUACUCCAGACGGAACGAACACACCGGCCACUCUCUCCGCUGGUACAUUCGUCCAGUUUAACAGCCCUAAGGAUAACACCAUUCUGGCUCGCGUCGGCGUGAGUUUCAUGAGUGUUGAUCAGGCUUGUGCCAAUGCCGAAAAGGAGCAACCGAACUUUGACUUUGAAGGCACACUAUCGGCUGCCGAAGCUGCUUGGCGGGAGAAGCUGAAUGUCAUGACUGUGGAUGCGGAAGGAGUGUCCUCUGAGCUUCAGACCGUUUUCUGGAGUGGGGCAUACCGGGCUAUGAUCAGCCCGCAGGAUUAUACGGGCGAGAAUCCUCUGUGGCAGAGUACCGAGCCGUACUAUGACAGCUACUAUUGCAUCUGGGACUCUUUCCGCAGUAUCCAUCCACUCCUUACUCUGCUGGACCCUAUCUCGCAAUCCCGAAUGAUGCGCAGUCUGGUUGAUACCUACCGACAUGAGGGCUACCUUCCCGACUGCCGCAUGUCUCUUUGCAAGGGCUUCACUCAAGGCGGAUCAAAUGCUGAUGUCCUUUUGGCAGAGGCUUAUCUGAAAAAGGUCCAGGAUAUUGACUGGGACACUGCCUACGAGGCCGUGGUCAAAGAUGCCGAGGUGGAGCCUGCGAACUGGAACGUUGAGGGACGCGGUGGUCUUCACAGCUGGAAGAACCUGGGUUACAUUCCCACCGACGACUAUGACCCUUACGGCGUGGGUACGCACACUCGCAGUAUCUCUCGCACCGUGGAAUACGCCUACAACGACUUUUGCAUCUCUGAGAUGGCCAAGGGCCUCGGCCACCAUGCUGACUACGAAAAGUAUACGAUUCGCUCUGGCAAUUGGGCCCAUAUGUUCAACGCGGCCCAGACUUCCAGCAUCAACGGAACCAAUACCGGCUUCACCGGAUUCUUGCAGCCUAAGUAUACGAACGGUACAUGGGGCUACCAGGAUCCGAUCUUCUGCAGUCCGUUGCUCGAUUUUGACUCGUGCUACCUGAAUCCCGAUGGACAUGAGACUUAUGAGGGCAGCGCCUUCCUCUACACCUUUUACGCGCCCCAUGACAUGGGAUCGCUUAUCACGGCCCUUGGCGGCGCCAAGUCCUUCACAAACCGGUUGACCUACUUCCAUGAGUCCGGACUGCUCUAUGUAGGCGACGAGCAGUCAUUCUUGACCGUCUUCCAGUUCCACUACUCCGGACGCCCCGCCCUUUCUGCGGAGCGCAGCCAUUACUACAUUCCCUCGCAGUUCAACACCACCGUGGCCGGUAUUGCAGGCAACGAUGACAGCGGGGCCAUGGGGUCGUUUAUCGUGCUGAGCAUGAUGGGUCUCUGGCCUGUGCCUGGACAGGACGUAUACCUCAUUACACCACCCUAUUUCAAGGAGAUUAGCAUCCGUCACACUGUGACCGGCAAUGUGGCGACGAUCCGCAACAUCAACUUCGACCCCAGCUACAAGAACAUCUACAUUCAGAGUGCUAAGAGGGACGGCAAGCCCUGGACUAAAAACUGGAUCAGCCAUGAUUUCUUCCUUGAUGGCGGCGUCCUUGAACUUGAAUUAGGCUCGAGCGAGAGCGCGUGGGGCACGCAUGUCGAGGACCUGCCCCCGAGUCUGGGCCAUUAUUCCUAG